AUGGCGCCGACAGACCACGAGAGCCGUUCGAAUCUGCGUCGACUCCGGAGCCGGCCGGUAUGCAUCAUCUGCGGCCGGCCCGCCGAGGCACAGCAGCUCGCGCACGCGCUCGGCAUCGACGACGAGAAGCACCGGCUCAGCGGCCACGACGUGUCCAUGGUCAGAGACGGCCACACGUUCCACCUGGGCGAGUUCGAGCUGCCCUCGGGCGACGUCCUCAAGUACUACAUCACCAGCUCGCUGCGCCAGGGAAUCCAGUCCUUCGCCGUCAGCGCCGCCCUGCUCCUCAACACCCUCUCCCCUCGGUUCGUGCUGCACGCGGUAGUCUGCGCCGGCUUCCAUGACGCCACGGGGAAGCUGAAGCUGGCCCUGCGCCAGGUCGUCUUUGGCGAAGCCGCCAUCAACUACGAGGAGGGCAAGUGGGAGGCGCAAGAGCCCGGCGGCAAGCCCGUCUUCCUGCCGGACUACAAGCCCGUCGCCGUCGAGGCCGGCGACAUGCAGGGCUUCACCAAGUCGCACCAACAUCAGGGCAUUUGCUACGGCGAGUACAUCUCAGGCUCUGCUGUCCGCGGCGACGCCGCCCAGGUAUUUGAGAAGAUUCGAUCGUCGGUCGGCCGAAACGCCAUCGCGCUUGACAUGGAAGCGAGCGCCUUCCUCCAGCUCUGUAAAUACUUCGAGCCCAAGGGCCCCAUCUGUCUGGGUGUGGUCAAGGGCAUCUCCGAUUUUGGAGACUCCAAAAAGGGCCAAGACGCGUCUGCGUAUUCCGAUGCCCUCGACAACACGGCCGUCGCCAUCAAGGCCUGGCUCACCCAUCGCAUCCCCAACACCAGAUGGGAAGUUGAUGAGAGCGACGAGCCCGGAGCCAAGUUGGUUCCCGGGUACUACGAGAACUUUGUCCGCCGCGUAAUAGAUAACUACUUGGAGGGGCUGCCCAUUGCAUACAGGCACAGGCCCGAGGUCGCGAUACCCGCCAGCGAGAUCAAGGGCUUCAUUUCGGUUCUUCCCAAGGACCAGGACCCCCAGUUUGUCAAGGAGAUUGGCCAGAUCCAGAGGACAAUUCUGGAUCACGGCGUGGAGGAGAUCAACAUCGGAACGAAUGCUGCCCAGCGAUAUGUGCACUACAAAGCAGGGUACUUCAUCGACUGGUGCCGCACCGUAAACAGCCUGGUGGACGAGGAAGACGCCGAGUAUCAAGUCGGCGUCUUUGGACGAACCUUGGAGAAGCAGGCUUACUAUAAGCAGGCUGAAGCCAAGGGCCCGCUCGCACGAGUCCUCCCGUGGGAAGAGGCGAUGAAGUUGCUGACCGACCUGAGCGACGACUCGCAGACUGUUCCCGGACCAGAGGUCGAGUCGCUUAGAGUGAAGCCCGAGGAGGAGACGCCUCGCGCGGACACGCAAAGGCUCGUCCCGGCGGCAAGGACGCAAAGAAAGUCGUCGGUAUCAAACCUUUUUGCGUUUGCAAGAUUCCGUCGACACCACAAGGGCGACGGCAACGAACGGCCAGCGAGUGCGGCUGCUCUGCCUGUAGUUGGCUGCAAGUGA